CCGUGAUUUUUUUUGACGGCAUCAUCGAGUGACCAAUGGUCUGGUGCUUCCCUUCGACGACCACGAAGUUGGCAAUGACCAUCGCCUGCUUCACCGCUGCAGCCUCCCUCUUCGCCGCCGGUGUUCGUCUCUCCUUCCUCAGCAUCGCCCCUCAGCAAGCUCGAAUAAAGUCUCGUAACGAUUUCAUCAAAGACUGUCUCAUGAACAAACACGGCCAAUAGUAGUAGUAGUACUUGAAGACUAGUAGUUGCUCGGACCAACAAGUGUUUGUCGUUUUGCUUCUUCCACUCAUCUCUUCAACUCAGCCAACCGACACCCCCCCCCCCCAAAAAAAAAAAAAAAAAAAGCCAAAGAAGAGAAAAAAAUCCCCCUCUUAUCAGCCACAAAAGCAACUCGAGGGAUAGCACAAGCCAAUGGAUUUAGUUCCCUCUCCCGUCAACGAUGCAUCCACCAUCGCUGAAGUCGACAUGGGUUCGGAUUCCUCUGCUCUAACAGUUCGAGCCACCGUCGUUCAGGCCUCGACCGUCUUCUAUGACACUCCCGCCACCUUGGACAAGGCAGAAAGGCUGAUUGUAGAGGCCGCUGGCUUGGGUUCGCAAUUAGUUGUGUUUCCUGAAGCAUUUAUAGGCGGUUAUCCGCGUGGCUCCACCUUUGGUGUUACCAUUGGUGCUCGUACAUUCAAGGGCAGAGAGGAGUUCCGGAAGUAUCAUGCAGCUGCAAUCGAUGUACCUAGUCCUGAAGUUGAGCGAUUGGCAGCGAUGGCUGGGAAAUAUAAAGUUUAUUUAGUGAUGGGGGUGAUAGAGAGAGAUGGGUACACACUCUACUGCACAGUCCUGUUUUUUGAUUCACAGGGACUUUACCUCGGGAAACACCGGAAACUCAUGCCAACAGCUUUGGAACGUAUAAUAUGGGGUUUUGGAGAUGGAUCCACAAUUCCAGUGUAUGAGACUCCAAUUGGAAAGAUCGGUGCCCUUAUUUGUUGGGAAAAUAGAAUGCCCCUAUUAAGGACAGCAUUGUAUGGUAAAGGCAUCGAGAUAUAUUGUGCACCUACAGCUGAUUCCAGGGAUGUAUGGCAGGCAUCCAUGACCCACAUUGCUCUUGAAGGUGGAUGCUUUGUUCUAUCUGCAAACCAGUUCUGCCGAAGAAAAGAUUACCCAUCUCCACCAGAAUAUGCUUUUGGAAGUAUAGAUGAAGAACCAUCUCCAGAUUCUAUUGUGUGUGCUGGAGGCAGUGUCAUUAUUUCCCCAUCAGGGGCGGUUCUGGCAGGACCAAAUUAUGAUGGAGAGGCCCUCAUCUCUGCUGAUCUAGAUCUUGGAGAAAUAACACGGGCAAAAUUUGACUUUGAUGUGGUUGGACACUACGCAAGGCCUGAGGUGCUGAGUUUGACAGUGAGAGACCAUCCAUCUAUUCCAGUUAAUUUCACAUCCGCUGAGAAAACAGAAGGCUCUCAGAAAUCAGUGACCUCUAAUUCAUUGCAUACAUAAGAUUUAUGCAGGGAACAUCUCAUCAUUCCUCGCAUUUUGGACCUCCAAGUGAUAUGGCUUUCUAACAAUCUCAUUGACCCUCAAAUUUGGGCCAAAUUUUUGGAGGUUAGUCAUAGGCCAAAACUAGUUUAGACUUGAUGUGGUUUUGAUAUUAUUGCUCUUCAUAUCUGCUAUAGCAUCCAGGUAUUCUCCAAGCCUUUUCUUUGACUUGUUACCUAUAAGACCAUUCAAUUCUAUUUUGUGUAUACAUGAUUCUUCUAUGCUAUCCUUCUUAUGGUUA